ACCUAUUGAGAUGUCAAUGUUGUUGCUGUCACGAAAACGUUUUUCAACAUGUACUUUCUCGCCUGUGGUAAAAGUUCAGCGACUUGGACGUCGACCGCUUGUUGAACCCUCACAUAUCCUUUUUUUUUCCCGGGACAUUCUUCAGUGAUACAUGAUUAGCUUACAUUAUGAAGUGGUGACAUGGCCGAACAUCCAGAGGCGAUUUAAAGUUGCUUCAAUUUGUCAUCUUCCUUAUUGCACGAACCUGAUGAUGAACUUUAAAGAUAUCUUUGCAGAAAGCCUAAAAUUGUUUUAGAGAGCAGAUAAUGGUUCAGCAAUGUUCAACAGUGCAUCGUCAUCAACUACGUGUACCAGCUGAUACUAGGCAGUACCUCAAAAACAUGUUCUUGGCGUGUGUUUAUCCACUGCAAAUAGUUAGUUCAUGAAAACUGUUGCCGUCUCUUUCUACAUCAUCUAGAGGUUCCUGUUCGUAUUCACAAAGAAUUAAAAAAAAACUGCACAGUUUACACGACCGAAAUAUGUAACUCUGGAUUUUCAAUGCCGUAUCAUGGAUCAGGCAAGUUAAGAAGAGCUCAGCUCUUAAUCUUUCUCGGCACCGGUAACCCAGCGAAGAAACCCCAAUGGUCAAUGCAUCUAGGAUGCCAGUCGCCACCCAGAAUUCUUCCGGCGGGCCACCCCGUGCCGGCCUGCGGCGCAAUUCAAGCUUCUCAAAUCUCUGUUCGUACACCAAACGGUCGUUCAAGCGGUUACUCAGCCUUGGAGAUGAACCACCCAUCCCAGUCGAGGGAGGACAGACUGCCCUAAUGUGUGCCGCACAGGCCGGUAAGCUGGAGUUGGUUCAGGAGUUGCUGGACAGAGGGGCUGACAUCAAAGCCAUAGACGAGGACAAAUGGACGGCCCUCAUAUUUGCGGCCAAGGAAGGCCACUUGGAUAUCGUCAAGUCACUGCUGGCCAAGGGUGCCGAGAUUGACCACACAGAUGUUAAUGGCUGGUCAGCGUUAAUGUGGGCAAGUUACAAGGGCCAUGCUGACGUUGCGGAGGAAUUACUAGAGCUGGGAGCAUCGCCAAACGUCCAAGCACACCAUGGAGUUACCCCGAUCAUCUGGGCAGCAGGCCGAGGCCAGACUGGUGUUGUAGAAUGUCUACUGAGUCACGGAGCAAAGGCAAACUCAGCUGAUAAGUAUGGAACAACAGGACUGGUAUGGGCUGCAAGAAAGGGUCACGUCGGCUGCGUGAAAGCGUUGCUGCACCACGGCGCAAAUGUGGACCUAGCUGGCAUGAAUGCAUGGACGGCGUUGAUCGUAGCAUCAAGGGGAGGCUUCACCGAGGUGGUCAAGAUGAUCCUGGACGAAGAACCCAACGUGAACGCCGUGGAUAAGGAUGGAAUGACCAGUCUUUGCUGCGCUGCCAAAGAGGGUCACACAGAGGUGGUCAAGUUACUGCUGGAACAGUCGGCAUACAUGAACAUUCAGGACAAGAAUGAUGAGACAGUCUUAAUCCAUGCUGUUAAAGGAGGUCAUCUGGACAUUGUGAAACUUCUCCUUGAUAAAUACGCAGACGUAGACAUCCAGGGCAGUGAUAAGAAGACCGCACUAUUCUGGUCAGCUGAUAAGGGUCUGGUGGAUAUCACGGAAGCGCUGUUGGACUCCAACGCAAAUCCAGAAAUACCAAACAAGGAUGGAGAAACACCUUUGCUGAGAGCGGCGCGCAACCGAAAUCGGGAGAUCGUCCGGAUACUGUUGGACAAGAACGCCAAAGUCUCUGCAAUAGACAAGCGCGGUGACACUGCACUGCAUAUAGCCAUCCGUUUCCGAGACAAGAAAGUGUCUGAGUUGCUUCUACGUAAUCCCAAAGAUGGCCGGCUUCUGUACAAACCCAACAAGGAAGGGGAGACGCCGUACAAUAUAGACUGCAACCACCAGAAGGGAAUCCUGACUCAAAUCUUUGGAGCAAGGAGUUUCACCCCUGGGGAGGAGGCCGACAGCGAGAUGAGCGAUCUAUGCAGCAGCGCCCUCGCUGACAUCCUCAGCGAGCCCACCUUAGCCCCGCCCAUCACCGUGGGCCUGUAUGCACGCUGGGGCAGCGGCAAGUCUUUCAUUCUCAAGAAACUGCAAGAUGAGAUGCGACAGUUCACCAACCACAGCAGCAAACCCGUCUUUCGUUUCUCCUGCAUCGUCUUCAUCGUCUGUCUUCUACUCAGUGCCGUGCUGGGCGCGGCCGUUCUCUUUAUAUUCAGCGAGGCCCCCGGGGCGUCAAUCGGGGUGUUUUUUGCCCUCUUCUUCUUUCUGUAUUUUCUAUUAGGCGUUGUGUAUCUAGGCAAUCGCAAGAAGUGGCGGGGCAUGCGAGCCACGUCCUCUUGGCUGGCCAAGCAGCUGAACUAUCUCCGUCUUAUCCUUGCCAUGAUCUACUGCAAUCCUCCCCCGCAACCCCCUCAGAGCAGCAAGGCUCUACCCAUCAGGUUUAUAUUCGGUGAUCAUCUACACCUGUCCAACAUCGGAGGUGAGACGCCGUUGUCCAAGGCAGUCACGUCCCUCAGCGCAGCGGUAGAGAGAGAUCUAGGCUUCAUGGCGUCGCGGGUCUUCAGGGUCACAAGAAACAAAUACACAGAAGGUCUCACCAAAUGGAAGCGUUGUUGCUGCAUACCCUGCUUCCUCCUGACGCUCCUAGUCCUAGCUUGCUUCGUCGCUUUCCUAGUCCUCCUCUUCUACUACUUCCUCAACACCAGGGCGGUAUACACCAACCGCCAGCACAUCUUCAUUGCCAUGAUCGUGACGGGUUCCCUGGUCGGCUUGGCCCUCCUGGUCAACUCCAUCUGGAUCAUCCAGUUCCUGUAUAACCUAAUCUGGUCGCCGCAGCUGCGGUUGCGGCGGGGCGCCAGCGGGCCACUCAAACUCGAAGCUGACACCCUGGCGCAGUUCGUGCACUGCGUGGACGCGUUCCAGGGCUCCCAAACCCGGAUGGUGGUCGUCGUCGACGGGUUAGACAGUUGCGAGCAGGAGCAGAUCCUGCACCUCCUGGACUCCAUCAAGGCCCUCUUCUCCUCCCCCGAUUCCCCCUACAUCACCAUCCUUGCCAUCGACCCUUACAUCAUCGCCAAAGCUAUCGAUCAGAACCUCCACACCGUCUUCAAGGAGUCCAACAUUCGAGGCCACGACUACCUGAGGAACCUGGUCCAUCUUCCCUUCUACCUGGAAGUCGGGAUCAAGCUCAGAGAGAAUUCAGAGUCAGCCAGCCCGACCGCCAAUCACAUCCCACCUUCCAACCCAAAGCAAUUGCGAUGGGGUCUUCCAAGCAUCCCCGAAAUGCCCGAAAAUGAUAACGGUCGUCGAGUCAGAUUUACACAGAAAAUCAGGCCCGAGGCAUCCCAGCAAGCCGGCACGCCCUCCCCCAGACCCGACCGCCAUCAGAUCACCGCCCUUCCCAACAAGGAAGACAGCGAGAGCCAGGCUCUAGGACGGAUGAACUCCGGCACAACCAGGGACGUCUCGCAACUCCUGGCGUCGGACGAGCAGUUCAGCGAUCUCAGCCCACGCAGCAUGAGUCGACUGCUCAACAUUGUCUCCAUUACUGGUCGUCUCCUGCGAGCCAACAAUAUCAGCUUCCAAUGGCAGCGCCUUGCCUCCUGGGUGAACGUGACAGAGAAGUGGCCCUACCGGACGUCGCGAAUGGCCGUCUUCUACCAGAAUAACGAGGAAUCCUUUGAUGAUGAACUGCCGCUCAAGGCUGUCUACGAAAGCAUCCAGGAUGAGAUACCAGCCAGCAGAGAGAUAGAGCCCCUGCUAGACCUGGACCAGGACAGCCGGAGUUUCCUGGUCUAUCUGACCAAGCACACCCCGGUACUGACCGUGGGUGAUCUCAGACGCUUCCUGCCCUGUGCUUGCCAUUUAGAUCCUUACCUGCGGAAGCAAAUCAAAGAUUCCCUGGAGAGUCAGGACAUGGCCGGAGCCCUGCCCAACAUCUCGGCCCUGCCCCGCCCCCAGAGCUUCGGCAGCAACUUCCCCAAUCAGGUCUCGAGCCGCUCAUCGGUCUACUCCGCCCUGAGCGACACGCCCUCCCGCCUCAGCUACCAGAUGGCUGCUAUCAAUCCCUUCUCGAAAAAGAUCCCUAGUCCAGCAAUUAGUGGAACCCCUAGUCCGGGUUUUCUUACAGUCAAGGAUGUCUGUGAUCGUCUGCUGCAACUGGAAGGCAUCGACAAGCAUUCGAUCCCCCGCUACCAGACUCGGAUAGCCGAGCACAACGUCAACGGGCACGUCUUGCUCCAGUGCGACUUGGACGAACUCAAAGAGGUGCUCGGAAUGAACUUUGGCGACUGGCAGUUGUUCCGGUCGCUGGUCAUGACGAUGAGGGGUCAAGCGCUGAGCUGCACCCACUCGCCGAGCAUGUCAAGCAGCGACGUCUUGCAGAUGGAGACGAGCCAAGUGGACAGCGGGGCAAAUGGGUUAAAUGCGGGUGCUGGCACGAAUAACAGCCCCGGGGCGAUUUCGCCGCACUCCCAGAACGAUUACCUGAACCUCAGUUUCGAGGAGCUGCGGAAGAGCUCCCAGCAUUCCUCCCAGCGGUCUUCGUUGCACAACUCGCGGCUGUCGCUGGGGACGUCUGUGAGUGAAUCGUCGCAGUUUAUUGAUCAGUCAGGGACCAGCGAAGCAGAGGAGGAGAGUUCUUCGCCGAAGCACGUUCCGCGGACAGAUCACGCGAGCCUCCUGCGUGCCAUGGACGAGAAAGGAGGCGACGUGGAUCGCGAAGGCAUCACCCAGUUCAUGGGAGUGGUGUCUGAUUGUGAAUACGACGAGCUGCCAGAACAGUACGAGAUGUCCAACGUUAUCCCGCUUCAGGACGUCGGUUUGACACCCGCUGAGGAGACCAUACCAGCAGUGUCCUCGGGAGUGGGUCUCAGACGAAACCAUUCUUUGAAAUCGGAAGACGCUAAUCGGCCAAAGACCAACGGGAUCCACCUGGUGGAUGGGUUGGUCUCAGAAAGGACUGCUGGUGUAAAACAUGUCGGGAUUUCCUUACCUAGUGAACAGAAAGCCAAAAGGCAGAGGAGUCUAAGCGAGGAAAGUGGUGAAUCAGAACCUACAGAAAACCAACCCUUGUUGGAAAAAAAUGUGACUAACGAGAAGGAUCGAGGGAAGCACAAGAGUGACGCGGAGCACAGGAGGAGCCCUGUCAAAACUGCCAAGGUUCAACUCACUAGCCCGAAGAAAGAAAACGGGCACAUGGAUGCAAAACCCAGUCAGCGGUUGUAUCAACCGGAACCAAACAUCAUCAGUCCAGACCUGAAAGCUCAAGUUGUAGAGGAUGUGGAAAGGAUGUUUGAGAAUCUGGAGGUUGAGUUGGCUCACAGGAAGCAGCAGUCUCUGCCGUUGGAGGUCCCACCUCCCCUCGAGCCGGCUCUGCCGAAACCUGGAAAUGUGCGGUUUCCAAAGAGUCCCUUUCGCGGGGAGCAGCAGACCCACGACUUGUCGCUGCUGGCCGGGUACUCCAGCUUCACGCCGAUGCUGCGCGAACUCCAAAGUGUCCCGGAAACUGACGUCAUGAGCACGACGACCAACUCGGACGAGGUGUUAUCAACUCCAGGCUCCACGGAUCAGCCGCGUUAUCGCAGACCUUUGGUGCGGCAGUCGCAGUCCAGUGACUUGCUGACGCGCGAUCGCACUCCUCCGCCCCCAAGGACCGUGGACGAGAAGCCCAUGAUGCGCAGUGUGUCGCAGCCGAAUCGGUUCACAGACGCGGGGCUGGAACUCACCCAACAGGAGUCACCGCAACAGCGGACGCUGGACCAGAGCUUUGACGAAUUCAUCAUGCUUUCCCUAGAAGAGCAGCGUAAAAAGCGGACGGUAUCGGACAGCGAGGAGCUGGAAAAACCGCCCAAGAACAGCGGCAGAGGAUCCGCUAACCCUUUCUGGAGACAAUCUGCUCCUUCACUCGGACUGAACUGCGACAAAAAAGACAAUGUUUUCACGGUCAACGUCGGCGAUCCGGGACCGAGCAACACCGACCGAAGAACGGCCGUUCAUAAAGGAGGCCUGACUUUAUGAAACCGACUGUCUUUAUUAAAUCGUAAACACUUCCAAGUUCCGAGCAUCACUGGUGCAUUGCUGUUGACCUUUUAUGAAAUUAUUGAGUGUUGCAGACAAAUUUUGUUCUGCUUCAAAACUUGGUACGUUUUAUCGUCGUUACUGCGUUCUGACAGUUUUUUAUUGAAAGAGUUAGGAUAUAGUUUGGACAAGAUUUAAUUCUGUCCGUUGUCAUUUUGACGAGUAUUGUAUGUCAGUGAUGGAGGUAUGAUGACUUGAACUUGAGCCAGAGUUCAUUAAUUUAUGUGUGGAACUUCUUCAGAAAUUAAGAAAAGACGAUCCCCAAAAUAACAAAAACGGCAGUGCAGUCUCGAACAGAAAUCUAAAACUGAAAAAAGGUUAUUUUAAAAAGGAAGACAGUUGUGCUAUCAAAUGUAAUCUUUGAUCUGUGAUUAUAUUUUGGGCUGUAUUCAAGCAGUAUUAUGCAAAUAUCUGGUCUACACUGCAAGGUUUGUCUUAGGAUUCUACUCCAAGGAGCAACUAGAAUUUUUUUUUUCAACCCAGCUUAAAAAAUGUCAUCCAAACAGUUUUUUUUAACAAGUACUUGUUCAAUGGCAUUAUCUUUUACAUAAGUAUGCAUACAAUAUUUAUCUGCAGAAAUUUCAUUCCUUUUCUUAAUUCAAAACAUCAACAAAGAGUGGUCGAUGAAAUUUGGCUCCAGUUCUCUCUUUGUGCCCUCCUGAGGGCGCUGUUGCAUUUGCAUUUCCCCGUGUUUGAUCAGGGCAUGGGCUUUUGCAAUGCAAGGACUCUGUUCAUCGUUCCGAUCAAAGGGCAUUCAUAUUUAGAUGUAUAUAUAUUCUAUUAAAAAAAUCAGAAUCAUUUAGUUAUCAUACGAUGAGUGCAAUCACUAUUUAUAUGUCAAGCCAAAAAACAGCCAAAGAGAGUUUUCGGGUAAACUUUAUCAGGAAGACUUCCAAAUUUUUCUUUUCUGGUUUUUUUUGUUUUGUUUCUCUCUUCUUUUUAUUUAAAUGGAAAUGUGCAAAUUGCAGUAUACAACAGGGCCCAAAUUCUUGGCUCUGCUAACCACAGAAUUCCGCGCUUACGAUCACAAUUUUGUGCUAACCGCGCUAGCAGAAAACUUAUGUGCUAACCCUUCAAGCACAGAAUCCUUAGUUACUGGAUGUACGCAUGCGCAGAAGCCAAAAUUUCUCGCUAGCCGGUGAAAUAAGCUUACCGUUAGCACGGAAGUUUCUGCUGCAGUAAGCAAGGAUUUUUCGCUUACGGUAAGUAGGCCAAGAAAUUGGGCCCAGCUGUCUUACUUUGGUGUGAAUUACAUGUAUAUCUGGACAGUUUGUGU